ACUAGUAGGAGUUGGAUGCAUAUUGGAUGACGCACAGAGCGAGCGGAGAUUUCGGCAUGUAAGAAAGUAAGAGGGAGGCAGAAGGGCUAGAGAUGUAUGGUUACAAUACCCAGCUACUGAUGCUGCCGGAGGAUGACAGAUUUGUUACUUUGAUGCAGUGCGUACCGGUACCAAGCUCUAGACCGCGAGGGCUAUCGCAAUUGACUAACGUUGACUACUGUUAAGCGGGCAGUAACUGGACAAACAACAAUGAAGCUGCCAAGGCGAAAGGCAAGGACAGCGCGGCAACAAGGGAGUCGACGCUCUGAGCGCCAGCUGUCGUGCUGUCCACCGAAUCAUGUGUACGACACACAAUGCUCUCGCCCGUCUUCCCUACGGGCCCCCAAACUAGGUUCUUAGCUAUCGGUACGACAAAAGUUCACUUCGGGUGUUGUACAGCGGGCACGGUUCGUGAACGAUUUUUCGUUUCCGGUUCAUGCCCGUACGGUAUGUGUGGCCCUCACUGUCAAAAGCAGAGGGGUGGUAACGGAUAUCCUUACAACCAAGACGUUGGACGUCGUUAUGGUCAUCCAUUGAAGUAUUGUUUAGCCAAAUACAAUUGUAAUUUGGCUCCAGUUACCAGCUCCAGUAACCUUUUAGGAGCGGCACACGUUUGAACUGUGACCGACAGAGCUCGGAGGUACCUACGGUUGCCUCGGUAUUUGCUCGACCGUAAUCAUGAUGGUGUCCCUGGCGAGCUCCGGCCAAGAAGAACGCGGGCUCAGCGACAUACUUCAUAAGCUAAGCAUUCUAGCAAUAGAUGCCUUGGUGGAUGAGUUGGAGAAGCAGGGUAGCCUGAGCGCUUUUCGUUUAGCAAGCCGUGGACUGCGAGACAUUGCUGAUGCUAGCGUGCGGCAUGCCCGGCUUACCUUCCGUCGCGAGGACUGGCAGCCGCAUGAGGAAGGACAGCUGCCGUCACUGGCACGCUGGCCCCGAUGCAGCUCGGUAUGCCUCAUCUAUAGCCAUUGGGACCUUCAUGAGCCAGUAGGCGUCUUAGACGCCGCGAGCUUGCUCUCGUCGGCUUUUGCGGGCCUUCCGCUUGAGGCAAGGAACCGCAUCCACAAGCUGGAGCUCGACGGGGACACAACCGACAUGCAGGACCCAGGGGCUGUCUUGGCGUCGCUGCUGCACCACUUACCCGCAUUACGGGAGCUUGAGGCACCGCAUCUCUUCCCUUGUUUCCCUGCCUUACCUCGAACGUCUGCGACUUUUCCAUUGCCGUACUCUGGAGUGCCUGGGACUCCUCUCAGAGUGUAACCAGAAGUACCUAACAAUCUCAAGUGACUGUGAAUGCCGCGACAGCAUCGGAGCAUACGACCUGAGCAAUGGCAGGGCCGGUGUCAGGGCUUUCUCCAGCCUCUCACGUCUGUGUAAGCUGCAGGAACUAGAACUCUUCGCCGCCCACUUUUGGGACGUUGACAGCCAGCCCGCUGCUCAUGGCGAUGGCACGGAUGUUGAUCGCACGGCCUACCAGACCAUGCGCCUGCUCCUGCGCAGCCUGCCGCCCUCCCUGCAGCUCCUCCGCUUAAGACACUGCACCAGCAGGGGCUGCGAUGAUUGCUUUGACCUCCAUGUCCACUUGCGCGCUGGCUGCAUUGUGGCAGUGGACUUGCCGAGAGUAGCGCUGUGUGACUUGCCCCUGCUGGCGAAGCGCCAUCAAGGUAUGUUGUCAUGCGCCUUGGAGGAGCAGCAGCUGCACAAACAACGACACCAGCAGCAUUCCUGGCCACAGCAUGGGCUGAGCAUUGGCAAACUUGUCAUAUAUGCCACACAUCUGCUUGGAGAGCAGGAGAUAGCGAGCUUGCGAGGCUUGCAGGCCAGCCAGCAUGGCGGAUGCGGCUUCGUCAAGACCAUGGAUCUAACCCAAGAAGGCGCCGACACCGCUCCUACGCUGCAAGUGAUUCAGAUGCUCGGGCGCCCGCAGGAGCUCGUGAUUAACGGAGUAGGCCAAGUCCAUAACGUUAAGGUCGACGUUCGGUUGCAUGGUGGCCAUGACGGGAAAGCAGCAGCGACAUUAGCUAAGGCGGAAAAGCAGCAAGGGAAGGGGCAAGAGAAUGCAGAGGAGGGCAUGGGCGGCAGCACAGCGGCUUCAAUGGUCACAGAGAGGCGUCCUACGGCUGGGGCUGCGGCUGAGGCUGCCUUACAUGCGGGGGUGACGGCUGUGGCGCAUACACCGCAUGUAGUCAGCCCGGACCUGCUGGUGGCAGCGGCAGCAACGGCUGAGGUGCAGCCGUCAUCUGCGGCCCAUGCAAUUGAGGGCGUCCCCGCAACAGCAGCAGCAGCCUCCUCAGACCAGCCAGCAGCAGUUGCAGGAGGCAAGCUGCCAGCCGCGGAUGAGGUCAUGCGGGCUGCGGUGUCACGAUUGGUGGCGCGUGAAGUGACACUGGGGGCGACAGCAGCAGGGGCAGGGGCAGCAGCGACGGCCGAGGAUGCGGCGGCAGUGCAGGCGGCGACCAACUUGGAACCUCUGUCCUCAGACGUGUUGCUGUUUAAGGGGUUUUACACGACGGCGCAAUCGGGUGGGGAAGACAUGGCCGUCAAGGCCUGGGUCCAGGAGCUGGGGGCACACGCGGCAGCCAUGGCAGGCAGCGGCAACUGCAUCGUGUCAUACCUAGCCAUGCCGCGAGCAGGCAUCAUUCUCAUGGAGUGCGGCAACAGGGCCAAGGCUGCAGCGGUGGCGCAGGCGGCGGCGAGCAUGAUGCUGGAGAUGUGUGAUGCGUCCCUGGUGGCAGGACUAGAGGGACUAGAACAACGAAAUCCGUCAGCAUGGGUGCAGGUGGGGAAGACCGCGCAGCGAGAGACCCUGACGGGGGCGUCCGGGCUGGCUGAGCCCCCUCAAGUGGUGGCUGUGGACUGCUGCUGCCUUCUGACGGGCGGUGCUAGAGAUGACGGGGAGGCGGCCAGCAGGGAUUAUCCGCUCGCGCGGUUGUAUGUCCACGCACUUCAGCAGGUCAUCCAAGAGGCCUGGGACAGUGCAGCAGCUCCAGGGCAUGCUGGCAUUGGGCAGCAGCGGCUGGAGUGGCUGCUGCAGCUGCAGGAGGAGUUUAUAGAAGUUCCGGUGGUAUACCACUGAUAGUGUGAAGCGUCUAUGGGCGUCUGAGGGUGUGAGGACAGGAUUGAGAGAAGAGGAGAGCUUGUGUCGACUGUGCGGGUCUGUUGCAGCAUAGGUACACGGAAUGCGCCUGGAGUUCAAGGCUGGUAGCAAUGAAGGCUACAGAAGGAGUGCGAGGACGGGGAGUAUAAGGGAAGGAAACGAUGAUGGGUUGGGCAACGGUUUAUCGCACUUGACGCGAUUGUGGAAUGUUUCUGAUUGUGUUGGCAAUGUCGCUGCCGGUUACCGGCACCUAUUCAUUGCAACUUGUCCUUAAGAAGACUGAAAAAAUUCCAGUAUGUCGCGCAGAUGGCGACUUUGUGAGAAAAGUAGAGGGAUGUGCCACAGUGGACUGGGCACUUGGUAAAGUAACGACAUGCUACUGCUUUGCGGUCCCAAGUCAGGGCUGCCUGAGG